AUGAACUCCAAUCAGCCGUCGAGGCGCAAGAGCGCCUUUAAUGAGGAGUUCGAUGUGAUGCAAGCCAUUCAAGAAGAUCGCAUGGCUUACCACGCCAGCAUCGCGUGUCACGAGCGGUGCGUGCACAACUACUGGUUUAACAACUUUUACUGGCGCGAGAAGACGUGCAUGGAAAACUGCCUUUCAAAACUCAACCAGGCGACGGUCAUCACGAACAUCAACUACGGCAAAUUUGAGGAUGUCGAGUCGAAGAAGUGA